AUGGCGAGCGAAGCGAGCAUGACGUUAUGCGGUCUCCGGCACGAAAACCUCAACCUGCUGCAUGGUUGCUACGUGGGAUCAGGGGAGGUGGCUCUAGUCUCGGACUUCUGUCAGAGGGGAUCCCUGGAGGAUGUCCUGGUCAAGGAUGUCAUCAAACUAGACUGGAGCUUCAGGCUUUCACUGCUGACUGAUCUUGUUCGGGGUCUAAGGUACCUGCACUCAGUGCGAAGGUGUCACGGACGUCUGACGUCACGCAACUGCGUCAUAGACGGACGAUUGCUCAAAAUCACUGACUACGGUCUCGGCUCAUUCUUCGCCAAGCAGAAUGUUCCCAUACCACCAGCCACUGCUAGAGAUCUGCUAUGGACAGCUCCAGAGCUGCUUCGUAAUGAUGAACUGCGCAUGCGUGGUGGAAGUCAAGCAGGCGACGUGUAUAGUCUGGCAAUAAUCAUGCAGGAAGUGGUGGUGCGAGGGGAGCCUUUCUGUAUGCUCUCUCUCACUCCUCAAGAAAUAAUAGAGAAAGUGAAGCACCCGCCACCCCUGAUUAGGCCAUCGGUAUCCAAGGGCGCCGCCCCUCCAGAAGCCAUCAACAUAAUGCGCCAAUGCUGGGCCGAAGCACCUGAAAGCAGACCACAUCUUGAUUCCGUCUACGAUCUGUUCAAAACACUCAAUGAUGGAAGCUCAGUGGCGGACAAACUGAAGGUUGGCGAGAAGGGACCGGAGGAAUUCGAGGAGGUGACAAUCUACUUCUCCGACAUCGUUGGCUUCAGCUUGUCAGCGAUUUCCACUCCCUUCCAAGUGGUUGCUCUUAACGAGCUCUAUACACGCUUCGAUGCCACCAUUAAUGCAUACAAUGUCUACAAGGUGGAGACAAUAGGAGACGCGUAUAUGGUGGUGGGGGGCUUGCCUGUGCGGGUGGCCGCUGCUGAGCAGAUAGCCACCAUGGCACUGGACCUUCUGCAUGAGAGUGGACAAUUCCGCAUCAGACUAUCCCCGACACCCUCUCCAGAUCAGGAUGGCCUGCAUACUGGACCCUGCUGCGCCGGCGUAGUAGGGCUCACGAUGCCACGCUACUGUCUGUUCGGAGACACGGUCAACACAGCGUCACGCAUGGAGUCGUCCAGCGCACCCUGGCGAAUACAUCUGUCAGAGGCCACGUUUAGGAGACUCAAGAUGGCUGACGGUCCAGUUGGAGUACAGAGGGCGACCGAGAUCAAGGGCAAGGGACGGAUGCCGACUUAUUGGUUGCUGGGAAGGAAGGGUUUUGUAAACCUUACCAAGCCACCAGCUCUCCUGGACCCCCGGCUGCUAGACACCAGCGGAGGGGCAGGGGGCACCUCCCCCCACACGAGCACCCAUCCCGCGGAAGUGGGGAGGCAUCCAGCGACAGAUGACCUUGAAGCCGGGGAACACGGGGGAGGAGCAUUCCCAGAGUCCCACAGCUUCGUUUUCCCAGAUCCCCGCAACAAGAGCUCAUCAUCCGACCUUGAAUCUACAGGAAUCUCCUUCAUAGGAGGCGACCCUAAAGCAGCUCCGCCUCAAACUUAUCCCAUCGCAAGGCAGUACUCCGUAGAACCGGUCAUGAAGACCUCAGUAGACCUUACAACCUCUACAGAUGCCUUUCCCCAGCCACUGGGAGCAUUUCCGGACAAACCGGAAGUACUUCCGGUCUAA